AUGUGCGACAGUGCGGGAGGGGACCCCAGUCCGGAUCCCGGCCGCUAUGCCAGCCUCUUUUCCCUCGGCGCGGAGCAGGCUGUGGCGUAUGCGCGGUUCAGGCCCAUGUAUCCCGAACGGCUGUAUGAUGAGAUUUAUGACUUCGCCAAGCUGCCGGUUUACGAAGCGGCGCUGGAUGUCGGCACGGGAAGCGGCCAGGCGGCGCUGGCGCUGGCGAGGAGGUUCGAGCGCGUCGUGGCGACAGACCUCAACGAGCGGCAGUUGGCCCAGGCCCCGACGGUGGAGAAUGUGACCUACCGCCAAGGAACGGCAGAGACACUGGACUUCGCAGACGACACCUUCGACCUCGUGACCAUCGCUCAGGCGCUGCAUUGGUUCGACCUGCGCCGCUUCUACGCCGAAGCGACGAGGGUCCUGAAGCCACACGGGACCCUGGCGGCGUGGGUGUACGAGCGGACGUUCUUUGACGGCAACCCGGCGGCAAACGAAGCCAUGCACGACAUUCUGACGCGCAAAUUGGGACCUUACUGGGCUGACAAAUGCGAUUUGGUGCACAAGCGGUACGAAGGCGCGGAGCCAACGCCCGACGAGUUUCGAGUUUGCGAGAUGAGGACAGUGGACCUGACCAGCGACACUACAGUGGCCAACCUGGCCGGCUACAUGUCAUCGUGGUCAGCAUACAACACAUACAUGAAGGCCAACCCGCGGGCUGAAGACCCGCUGGAGGCGUUCAAGGCUGCCGUGCUGGCGUCCCUCUCUGGUGCCCAGGACGAUUCUGUCGUGGUACGCGUCACGACCCCCAUGCACUUGUUGCUGGCGAGAGAGCCUGUGAAGAAUUGA